AUGUUUAAAUCUAAAAAAAAUAAAACACUAACUAUAGAUAAACAAAGCGUAGAACUUGAAACUCCAACAACUGAAGAAAAUAAUAAUGGUCAAUUGAAGACAAAAGAGAAAACUAAUUCAAUGGAUGUAACUGUUACAUUAGAGAAAUCAAAAGAUUUAGUAUCUAAAAAAGGUAACAUAAAAAGUAACACAAAAAGUAAUAUAAAAAGCAACAUGCAAAACAAUUUAAAAAGCAACAUACAAAACAAUUUAAAAAGUAACAUACAAAACACUACAAAAAGUAAAAAUAUAAAAGAAACAUCACUUAAUAAAACUGUUAAAUUGGAGAAUUAUGAUGAUUUUAAUAUGGAUACUUUAAUGUUAAAAAAUACAAUUAAAGAACUUAUAAAAUAUCCAUGGUAUCAUGGACUUUUACCAAGAGAUGAUGUAUUAGAAUUUUUGGUAAAUGAAGGUGAUUUUUUAGUUAGAAAGUCAGAAGUUAACAAUUUAACAAGAUUUGUACUAUCUGUUAAAUGGAAAAAUAAUCAAGUUAGUCAUAUUGUCUUAAAUUGGCAUGAUGGGAUGUGGUAUAUGUCAAAAGGAGAAAUUAAAAACAAAGUGUUGGAUGAAUUGCUUAAAACAUGCUUAACUAACCAAAUACCAAUAGGAAACAAUAAGGUUAUAUUACAGAAAGCAAUUGUCAAACCACCUUAUUAUAUUGAUCACCAAAGUAUUAAUAUAAUAAAAGAGAUAGGACAUGGAGCAUUUGGCGUUGUGUGUAUUGGAACAUUUAUAUCAAAUAGUAUUAUUACAAAAUGUGCAAUAAAAUCUUUAAAACUUGCUAAAAAAAUUGACAAAAAUCAAAGAAAAGAAUUUAUAAAAGAGGCAAAAAUAAAUUUAAAAUUAAAACAUGAAAAUAUUGUUAAUCUUCAUGGGUUUGCUGUAGAUCAUGAACCACUAAUGAUUGUUCUUGAAUUUUGUGAAAAUGGUGCAUUAAAUUCAUAUUUAAAAAAGUUUCCAGAAACAUCUAACACUGUAUGUACAAAUUUUGUAAUUGAUGCAUGUAGAGGAAUGUGUUAUUUAGCAAGUAAAAAUAUAAUACAUCGUGAUUUAGCUGCUCGUAACUGUUUAAUAGAUGGAAAUUUAAAAGUUAAAAUAAGUGAUUUUGGUUUGUCUGUAGCAAAUGUAGUAUCAAUUACAUUGAAUGCUAAAACAAAAGUUCCUAUUAAAUGGCUUUCACCAGAGACAAUCAGAGAAAAACAUUUUAAUUUAGCUACAGAUGUUUGGUCUUUUGGUGUCGUUAUUUGGGAAAUAUUUUCACGAUGCCAAUCAGAACCAUAUCCUAAACAAACAAAUACCGAAGCUAAAGAAAUUAUUAUAUCUGGUAACAAACCUAUGAAUCCACCUCCCAAUACACCUAAACUUAUUGCACAUGCAAUGGAUAAAUGUUUUACCCAAGAUCCUAAAAUAAGACCAAAUUUUGGAGAUUUAAUGAAACACCUAUCACCAAAUGAAAUUCCACCAGGUGAUGCAAAUUUCUGUACAUAUUAA